AUGAUUGGCAUUCGUUUCGUCAUCGCUUUCGCUGCAGGUGUUCUGCUCCAUACUACAGUCUUCUCCAGACAUUUCGAAUGGGAUCGACACGCACCCAACAUCUUGACGUUCGCCUGUGCUACUUUCACAGCCACAUUGGUAUUAAUCGCCAUCAGUGGGGAUGUUUCCAUCAAGUUGUCGGUCGCAUUUACCAGCGCGGUCGCUGCAUGCUUUCUCAGUGGCUUCAUCUGUUCUAUGAUCAUCUAUCGAUUGUUCUUGCAUCCUCUCAAAUCAUUCCCUGGACCAACAGCUGCUCGAGUAACUAGUCUCCGGGUCAUCAAGCAAAACGUACCAGACCUGAAAUUGUACGUCAAGCUACGCAGUCUCCAUGACCAAUACGGAGACUUCGUGCGGAUACGACCACGCGAACUCUCAAUUUGCCAUCCCGAUGCCAUAAAGGACAUUCAUGGCUUCAGAAACGACAUCAAGAAAGGCGAGUUCUACGAUCAAACUUACCCAUCCCACACCUUGCAAUUCAUUCGUGACCCAGAUCUUCACAAACAGCAACGUCGGUAUUGGGACAAGGCUUUCCAUAACACCGCAUUACAAUGCUAUACGCCACGUCUCAUGAGGCACUAUCGCCUUAUGGCGGAUAUACUUUCCCAUCAUGCAGCUUCCGGCACGCCGAUAGAUGCCAGCGGUGCUUUCCUAGACCUCUUCUUCGACGUGAUAUCGGACCUGACGUUUGGUAAAUCGUUUGAGACGCAAAGUACGAACCAGCGAGGUCCGAUCGUGACAGAAUUCCUCAGGAAGCAGAAAUUCGUUGGCUUUGCAUUGCUUAAUAUGCCACUGCUUCAUGUCGCCAGGAACCUACGCAUUUCACUAAGGAAGCAGAAGUCUUGGGAAGGCUGGUACGAUGAAGCUUUGCAAGCGCGCAGCAAGGCAAGUCAUCUAGGCACUAUAUUCCUCACAUUAGAUCUACUCACACUCGCAGAUGCAUAUGCAUGA